AUGCCCUCGUACGGCUCUCUGCAUUCUCCUUCGCUGCGCAAAAUGGAAAAUUCUAGGGCAAGUUAUCGCCGUAGGGGCAUGAAUAUGUCCAAUGUUAUCGGUGAUCCUUUUGCUCUAGCAACGAUAUCUAUCGCUUUGCUCGCGUGGGUCAUCUCCUUCAUCAGUUCCAUUAUAGGUCAAAUACAUGCAACUGUCAGGAAUCCUUUCCCAGCGUAUACAUGGUUUGCAGUUGUUUUCAUGUUACCUUUAAUAGGCGGCAUAUUCGUUGUAAUAGCAUCCGAUUCUAUUCAGACAUAUCAUGUCGCGGUCGUCGGUUAUAUAUCUGUCGGCCUUAUCGCUACAACCUCUUCUGUUACUUCUCUGGUUUAUUCUUCUGAAGGGGCUAGGGAGGCUGCCGCCGCGGGUUUUAUUCUACUCUCCAUGGUCAAUAUCGUAUGGCUUGCUUAUUUUGGCUCUGCACCCUCCGCCGUACCACGCGCCUACAUCGACUCAUUUGCUCUAGCCAAGGAGUCGUCAAUGAGCCGACAAACCAUGAAUGGAGGAUAUGGUGGCCGCCCCGAAACAUCUACGUCUGUCCAACCUCCGCAGAUGUAUACUUCUGCCCAGCUUAAUGGGUUUGAAAAUCCAUCUCCCGUCGGAGGAUUCAACGGCAAUGCCACACGUAAUUCGGGUGGUGCUUCCGGCUUCCCUGGCGGUGUUAACAAAACGCCAUCGCCCGCGCAGAACGAGCCAGAAAUUGCUCAACCGACGGAGUACCCGUACCGUGCGAAGGCUAUCUACAGCUACGAAGCUAACCCCGACGAUGCUAAUGAAAUUUCCUUCUCAAAACAUGAGAUACUCGAAGUGAGCGAUGUAAGCGGUCGAUGGUGGCAAGCCAAGAAAGAAAGCGGCGAGACAGGCAUAGCACCCAGCAACUAUCUCAUAUUAUUAUGA